CUGUUCCAAGGCGGAAGAUGGAGGCGCCCCGUGCCUACAGGUGCAUCGAGUGCAAUGGGAAGGCCACGGAGCUGUAUAGAGACUAUCAGCGUGGCGUGUUGCGCAUCUCCAUCUGUAAAUCCUGCCAGAAACCAGUGGACAAAUACAUUGAAUAUGAUCCUGUUAUAAUCUUAAUUAAUGCUAUUUUAUGCAAAGCACAGGCCUACAGGCAUAUUCUGUUCAAUACAAAGAUAAAUAUCCAAGGGAAGCUCUGCAUAUUUUGCCUGCUUUGUGACGCUUAUCUCAGGUGGUUACAGCUGCAGGAUUCAAGCCAAAGCCCUGACCCUGAUGAUUUAAUUAGAUAUGCCAAAGAAUGGGAUUUUUAUCGAAUGUUUGGAAUAGCAUCCCUGGAACAAACUGCCUUUUUGAUUGGCAUCUUCACCACUCUGUGGUUGGCAAGACCAACAGUCCUGAAAACCAAAGCAGAUGUCUUCUUGCUCCUGAAAGCGCUGCUGCUGUCUAGUUACGGGAAACUUCUGCUGAUUCCAGCUGUUAUUUGGGAGCAUGACUAUACUCAUUUGUGCCUCAAGCUCAUUAAAGUAUUUGUCUUGACAUCAAAUUCUCAGGCAAUUAGAGUUACCUUGAAUACAAGUCGAAAGCUUUGUCUGAUGGCCAUUGUGAGUGGACUGAUUCUGGAAAAUGGUAUCAUCUAUCUGUUCCAGAGAAUAGGAUGGAACGUUUGAGACAGUUGUCUG